AUAUAAGUGAUUUUAAACCUUGUGUUCACCAUGCAUAAAUAUCGCGUUCUUCAAGCUCUUUGACCAAGUUAACUUUGUUCUUAAAAUCUGGACUUUAGAAGUAGUAGUCUUGCAUCUUCUGGACUGCGCGAAAUUGAAGAGACGAAGAAGAAGUACGCCGGAAAACUCCGCCCCUGCUGUGUGUGGUGUGCUUGGCGGGAUGCUAACAGUUUGUGGUUGUUGUUUGCGUGUUACAAAGUUUACAGCUGAGCUGAUGAAUAAAUCUUGUUAGCAAAAUAAGCUCGCGUUACUUACAAGUUUUUCGACGAGUAGAUAGUUUGGCGGCGCGAUCCAAGUCAUGCCGUCCAGCGCUGGAGCCAGCAGCCCUGCUGCUGCGUACGCAGAAGCGCUGGAGAACUCCGCACACCUGAUCGACACACACCUGCACGAAGACCGCUGCUUCCCGGAUCUGUCCGAGCUGCUGUCCGUCCCCUCUCACAAUAUGCCAACCCUCUCUGGUGUGUCGGACAUGGACUACCCCCUCCAGGGACCAGGCUUACUCAGUGUGCCAAACCUGCCAGAGCUGAAUGCAGUUCGUCGGGUCCCUCUCCCACCUGAGUUGGUGGAGCAGUUCAGCCAUAUGCAAUGUAACUGCAUGAUGGGAGUUUUUCCUGAGAUAUGCAGAGCAUGGCUUACCAUUGAUAAUGAUAUCUUUAUGUGGAAUUAUGAAGAUGGAGGAGAUGUGGCCUACUUUGAUGGCCUUAUUGAAACCAUUUUGGCUGUGGGUUUAGUAAAACCAAAACAAGGGAUUUUGCAGCCACACAUCCAUUACCUCUUAGUACUAGCCACAUCUGUGGAUGUGGUGAUCCUCGGGCUUAGCUUUCCUAAAAGCCAGGAUGGGCUUAAUGACAGCAUGUGCGGUGGGAUGCAGCUUCUGCCAGACCCUCUGUUUUCAAUUCCCACCGACAACACCUACAUCAUCUCCAUCACUUCCACAGACCUGGGACGCAUCUUUAUGGCGGGAAAGGAUGGCUGCCUCUAUGAGAUCGUGUAUCAAGCUGAGGCGGGCUGGCUGAGCCAGCGGUGCAGAAAGAUCAACCACUCCAAAAGCACUCUGUCCUUUCUCAUUCCAUCUCUGCUCCAGUUUGCAUUCUCUGAAGAUGACUCUAUUGUGCAGAUUACUGUUGACAACUCUCGAAACACACUUUACACCCGUUCUGAGAAAGGGGUCCUGCAGGUGUAUGAUCUGGGUGCUGAUGGACAAGGAAUGUGUCGCGUGGCAACCAUGUCACAGAACUCUAUUGUGGCUGCUGCUGGAAAUAUUGCCAGGACAAUUGAUCGUUCCGUCUUCAAGCCCAUUGUCCAGAUCUCUGUGAUAGACAGAUCUGCAUCAUCUGAUUGCCACCUGUUGGCUGUCACUCAUGCAGGUGUGCGUCUCUACUUCAGUACCACCACUUUUGCUCCUCAGCACCAGAAGCAUGUCGCUGUGCGACCUACUCUGCUAGCACUGGUUCACGUUCGUCUGCCACCAGGUUUUUCUGCUUCUUCUACCCUACAGAAGCCUGCAAAGGUGCAUAAGGCACUGCACAGUAAAGGAGUUCUUCUUAUGGCAGCAUCUGAAACAGAAGACAGUGAUGUUUUGUGGUGCAUUAACUACGACUCUUUCCCCUUCAAAAAGCCCCUAAUGGAAACCCAGAUGAUGUCUAAUGUAGAUGGACACUCUUGGGCUCUUUGUGUCAUCAAUGAAGAAAGGCCCACAAAGAUUAUUACCCCUCUGAACAAAGACCAGAUCCCCAUCACUGAUUUGCCCAUGGUGGUCCAUCAGCACAUCAUACCUCCUCAGAAGUUUGUCCUUCUUUCUGCAAAGGGAAGUCAUAUCUUCCAGAAGCUUCGGCCUGUAGACCAGCUACGCCACCUGCUGGUGAGCUGUGCUGGAGGAGAAAGUGAAGAGAUUGAACGUUUCUUCAAGCUGCACAGGGAGGAGCAGGCGUGUGCCACAGCUUUGAUCCUGGCUUGUUCCAGUGCUGCUUGUGACAGAGAAGUUUCACAGUGGGCCACCAGAGCCUUCUUCAGGUACGGGGGAGAAGCACAGGUGAGAUUCUCUGCAGCCAUCACAUCUCCCAGUAAUGUAGGACCGAUGAUGAGCUCUCCAGCACCAGGUAUCCUACCUCCACCUUUGGCCACACCUUUUGCACCAAUGCAGUCUGGAUCUGCUCCUAUCACGCCUAUGCCAGCUGGCCCAGAGGUGGUCUAUUCAGGAAAGCAUAAUGGCAUUUGCAUCUACUUUGCCCGGAUCCUGGGAAAUAUUUGGGAUGGGAGUCUUGUUGUUGAGAAAACUAUGAACAAAGGAAGUCAGACUGUCAGUAUUCUGGAAAGCAGUGUUGCUUCAUAUGAUUUGGAGCUGGUCCUUCUGGAGCUCUACGGUCUGCGGGAGUUUCUUGAUAAGAACUCUCAGUUCACCCCGAUGUCAUUUAGUGCUGCAAGCUUCAGCUCCCCUACAAACCCACAGCAGAGGCUGCUGGGGUUUGCUUGUCUUGAUGGGUCCAGCUCUCAGCAGGUCCAGCAGGAGCUCCAGAGGAAACAUCACACCAACGCUCAGGUCCAUGAAAAAGUGUCUCUGCAGAGCAUCCAGCAGUUGGUGCAUCGCUCCUAUCAGACUCUGGCCCUCUGGAAGCUUCUCUGUGAUCAUCAGUUCAGCGUCAUUAUGUCUGAACUGCCAAAGGACUUUCAAGAGCAGAUGAAGGGUGCAAGUUUUAAGGAUGUAGUGAUCCGAGGCAAAGAGAUUUCUGGAGCUCUCAUCACAGGACUCAUUAACAUAUACAUCAAAGAUAAUGCCUCUGUGGACGCCAUCAGCAGUCACCUGCGGGACAUCAGUCCUCUGCUCUACAGCAGUGAUGACAGCGUGUGCUCCAAGGCUAAUGAGUUGCUGCAGAGCUCCAGGCAGAUCCAGAACAAGACUGAUAAAGAGAGAAAACUGAGAGAGUCUCUACGGCUUUACCAGCAGAUCAGCCAGCACACAGACCUGCCACUCGUCUGCUCCCAGUACAGGCAAGUGCGUUUCUACGAGGGGGUUCUUGAGUUGUGCCUCACAGCGGCUGACAAGAAGGAUCCGCAGAGACUGGGGCCCCACUUUUACAAGAAUGGAGAACCUGAGGAGGACCGAGUGGGACAGCAGGCUUUUCAGGAAAGACUUUCAUGUUAUAAGUGCCUCACAGACACCAUGCAGGAGGUGGUGAACCAGAGCAAAGCUGCCCCUCAGUCCCCGAGUGUGCCUAAACACCCUGGACCUCCUGUCAUGACAUCUGACCCCAACAUGCUCAGUAACGAAGAAGCUACAGCCCAUUUUGAGCAGAUGCUUGGUUUGGCCCAGAGGUCACAGGAUGAGCUGUUUCACAUCGCUCUGUACAACUGGUUGAUCCAAGCUGACCUGACUGACAAACUGCUUGAGAUCAGUUCUCCACACCUGGAGGAACACCUAAUGCAUAUGAUCAAGCAGGACCAGAAUAAAGUGCACAAUAUGGAUCUGCUGUGGCGCUACUAUGAGAAGAACCGUAACUUUGGCAAAGCAGCUCAAGUACUGGCACGUCUGGCUGACAUGCACAGCACAGAGAUCUCUCUGAAACAGCGUUUGGAGUAUAUUGCCAGAGCCAUUCUGUCUGCUAAGAGCACCUCCUACAUCUCAGCCCAGGGAGCUGAUGGAGGGUUCCUUCAUGAGCUGGAAGAAAGGAUGGAUCUGGUGCGUAUCCAAGUCCAGAUUCAGGAGACCCUGAUCAGACAGCACUCCCAUCAUCCCUCUGUGAAAAAUGCCAUCUCCCAGUUGGACUUAGAGCUCAUGGAUAUUUCAAAGCUCUAUGGAGAAUUUGCUGAUCAUCACAAGUUGUCUGAAUGUAAGCUGGCCCUGAUUCACUGUGCAGGACACUCUGACCCAAUCCUGGUCCAUUCACUUUGGCAAGAAAUCAUGCAGAAAGAAUUGGCAGACACUAUUGCCAUGAGUCCAGCAGACAGGAUGAGAUCUCUUAGCUUGAAGCUAGUAUCGCUGGGAAAGAUUUAUGCUGGAACACCAAGAUAUUUUCCUCUGGAGUUCCUUGUUAAGUUCCUGGAGCAGGAGGUGUGUCAGCUAAACUGGGAUGUGGGAUUUGUCACCUUCACCAUGCAGGAGAUCGGAGUGCAGUUACCUCGUCUUUUAGAAGUCUAUGACCAACUCUUCAAAACAAGGGAUCCCUGCUGGCAGCGAUUAAAGAAACCACUGCACCUGGUGGAGUGCAUCCAUGUGCUGUUGUCUGGAUACGUGGAUGAUCCCAGCAGAGUCCCAACCUACGACAGACGCAGAUUCACAAACGUGUGUCUUGACAACAUCUGCGGUUACCUGGUGGAGCUACAGUCUCUAAGUCCAAACGCAGCCCUCCAACAAACCAUCAGCAACUUCAAGUCACUGCAAAGCAAGCUGGAGAAGCUCCACUGA